AUGAGUGCUGGCCCCCAGGUGCAGCUGGCUGUCCUCUGGCCUUGGCUGCUCAUGGCGACCCUGCAGGCAGGACUGGGCCACACCGGGCUGGCGCUGGCGGCGGCCGUGGAGUCGGAGCGGGCGGCGGCGCAGAAAGCCAUCAUCAGGGUCAUCCCGCUCAAAGUGGAGCCCAUCAUCCUGGAAGGGGAGUUCGCCAACGUCGCCGAGGUGACUCCGGCCGAAGGGAAGCUACUCCAGUCCCACCCACUAUCCCUGUGCAACACCAGUGAGGAUGAACACACAGAAUCGGGGUUCAUCACCAUCGUCAAGCUGGAACAGCCGGAUCGGGAUCCCAACCCCUGCCUGUCCCUGGCCAACAAGGCAAAGCUGGCAGGGGAGCGUGGAGCCCGUGCGAUCCUUUUCGACAUCACAGAUGAUGAAAGUGCUGCUGAUCAGCUGAGGAAGCCCAGAGGCCUGAGCCAGCCUGUGGUCCUGAUCAGGGGUCACGAUGCUGAGCUCCUCAUGGGCGUUGUGAACAAGAACAGAGAGGCCCAUGUGAAGAUAGAGGUCAAGGAGCCACCAGCUUGGCCAGACUACGACGUGUGGAUUCUUCUCACAGUGGUCAGCACUGUGGUCGUCAUCAUUUUGAUUUUUGUUGUCCGCACAAAAUGCCAGCUGAACAGGACUCAGGACUCGGUGCAGCAGCAGACCCUGCAGGCCAUCGGGCAACUGGCCACGCGCCGCUACCAGCCCCGGGCACGGCCGGCCCCACGCUGGGACUCGGCCAGCAGCUGCAGCUCUGCCCCGGUCUGCGCCAUCUGCCUCGAGGAGUUCAGCGAGGGGCAGGAACUGCGGAUCAUCUCAUGCUCCCACGAGUUCCAUCGGGAGUGUGUUGACCCUUGGCUGCAGCAACACCACACGUGUCCGCUUUGCAUGUUCAAUAUUCUUGCCAGAGACUCGGGGGACCAGGCCAUGGCUACCAGCUCCAGGCUGGUUCCUCAGGACAUGGAGCCUGGGCGGCGACUCCACCUUUUCCGCCAGCAUCCAGGACAUGCCCUUUACCACCUCCCACACGCGUAUCCUCAGAGGACCCUCAGGAGCUUUCCCCCAGAGCCAGCCCAUGGCAGCCCCUUCUUCCACUCUCCAGAGCUCUCCCAGCUGGAUUUUGGCACCAUCCACUACAUGCCCUACAGACCAACCACCUCCCUGCUGGCCUGCGGCCACGCGGCCCCGCUGGCCCCGGGCUUGCUCGGGCAGCAGCACCCCACCCCCUCUGCAUGUGGGCAGGCGCUGGCACCCCACAGGACAUGUCCCCUUCAGCUUCAGCCCCCCUGUCUGACACCCAAGGCAGCCCUGGCACAGAAGCAGCACCGUGCACCCACCCUGCGCCGGGGGCUUGGCCACGGGCACCAGCACAACAGCAGUGGCUCUGGGGAGAGCUAUCUCACGGAGCACAGCGGGUACCUGGCCGACGGGCCGGGCAGCGACUCCAGCUCGGGGCCCUGCCACGGCUCCUCCAGUGACUCCAUGUUGAACUGCACGGAUGUCAGCCUGCAGGGCAUACACGGCAGCUGCUCCACCUUCCGCAGCUCCCUCAGCAGCGACUACGAUCCCUUCGUGUACUGCAGCUCCGAGGGCCCCGCCGCGGAGCACGGCCAGGAGCAGCUGCGACCGCCCAGGGACAGGCGGCCCCGGUCCUUGGACCUGAUGGUGCCCAGGGGCGCUGCUCCGGCCAAGCCCCAGGUGCUCAGCCACGUCCACUACCACCACCACCAGCACCACCACUACCGGCGGGACACGGAGUGCCCCCCUGGGCGGGCCGGGCAGGGGCCGGGGCCACGCAAAUCCCGGUCCUCCGGGGCCAAAGUUGCCUUCCACAGUGCUCGGACACAAAAGAGGACUGAGAAAAGCCAUCACUCUGAGCAGCCUCUGGAAAGCAGUGCUGUGCUGCAGGAGGCAGCUCCGGCAGGUCAGCCAGCCUGUCCCCAGGAAGGCUGGGAGCCCCAUCAAGCCCCCUCCACUUCUCCAAACAGGUUGGACUUCAGUGUAGAUGCCAACAGACAAUUGGGAGCAGCUGGCACACCCCCUGUCCCGCUGUCUCCCAGACACAGCUUACAGAGCAGGCAUCACCGAAGGAAAAGAAAGUGUCCCCUGGAGCCCGACCCCACUCUCCUGCCCAAGGACUCAGCCGAGCCCGGAGCCUGUGACCCUCACCUUACUCCUGGCCAUCCCACUGGCUACCGCUGCUCUCCUGAAGCCCAGCCCCUGAUCUCAAGUGCUCCCCUUCCCAGCGGCUCCCAGCCACUCUGGAAGUGUUUAGUGCCACAGUCCAGCUCCGAGCUGAGGAAGCAGGAGGAGCGGUUGUCGGGACGGAAGAGAAACUGUUCAGUUCCUGCGGAUUUCUCAGGGACGGGCACCCCCAGACACAGCCUGAGUGUCCUCCUUCACUGCCCAUCUCAGGAGGGGGAUCAGGGAUCUGAAGAGGAGGUUCAGGAUGUCCAUGAACACUCAGUUUAAUAAAACACUGGCCUGUUUGCUUGCUGGGCACUGGAGUGGACACAGCCCCGCCCUGCCUUGCUGAGACACAGACUGCCAAGAGCGACGGGCCACUCGCGGUCUCCUGACACGUCCCCACACCCUGACAGUCACACACAGCCCUGCUCUCUGGGCCCCGUCUCCUCUGAAGGCACAGGCAGCCCCUCGUCAUCCCAUGGCAUCGCUCCGAGCUGGGCAGGGCUCCCAGGGAGAGCUCAUCGAGUGAGCGCAAGCUGCUAUUUUGGAGUAUUCAUGCCACAGAAAGUUUGGCUAAACACUACAAAAAUAAACAAGCCUUCGAGACCAAAAGCUGCAGGAAUUACUUUCUGUGGCCUGGUAGCUCCUGACUUCAUUUCCUCACUUAGGUCAAAAGCCAGAUUUCUACAAUUAACUUUUCCAUGCUUAUUUCAGACACAGGAACAAGCUAUUCUCCAUCUCACCGCUCACAGGGCUGCCCUGCAAGGUGCUGCUUCUGACUUCAGUGGAAACCAAGAGCUCUCACCACUUUUGGUCACGUCAGUGUCCCUCAGCCGACGCCAUCUCCUGCCACUGGCUGUGUUUGCCAGCAGCAGGAGAGGGGAAGACACAGGGACAUCAGCAUUUCUGGGAAGGAGCUGGGUCAUACUCUUUCCAUUGCAAAGAAUCCACCCUCUAAUCUGGCAAUGUGAACAAAUCUCUCACUCACCCUCUAACUCCUCCACCUAUCCUCAAAUAGCUGUCCUAGCCAGCCCUGUAAAGAGCAUAUUUCAAACAUAUCUCAGAUGUCCCCAUCACAGGGGUCAUGGAAAAUCCUGGAUUUCAUGUGGCUCCCGCUUUUCUCCUUCCUCUCAUUGCCCAAAGACACAGCAAAAAUUCCCAGCAAAAGCCUCCAUAAGAAAUGCAAAGCAGAGCCCUAUCCAUCACCCAGCCUUAACUUCAUAUUCGGAGACUCCUGAAAUCCUUCAAAAGGAUUUUUCUGUCUUUCCCAACAUUUUUGAUGAUUCAGGGAGAAAACCUGAGAAAUCAUCAGGCUCUAGUUUAUUACUUUUCCCCUCUCUCCUCAUUUAUGAAUAUUUUGGGGUUUUCUUAUUGUCACUAGUUCUUACUUCCUACAUCUCAUAAUUUGCAGACAUUCAAGCAAAAUAAAACCAAAUUCAAAACAUAGAGAACCCAUGCAGCUUUCAAACAGCAGAUAAUUCCUGUUAAGUUCAUUGCCAUAAAUGAUCAGUCAGGCCAAAGAAUCAGUUAAGAUUCCCAUGUGAAGUGCACAUUUCUGUGGCACCAAGUGCUUCCAAACACGAGGAAGCAUUGAUGAGGAUACAACACUGGAGCUGAAGAUAACUCUUAACAAUUUGAAACUUGAUGUAGGGACAGACUUUCCCAUCUGCUCAGUAAAGCUUCCCGUGUCUUCCUUUGAAGCAGCAGCUUCUCAAGAGAGCGCUCUGGU